GUGGUGUUCCCCCCUCCCGGUUCCUCAGGCCAUGGCGGACCCGUCGCUCCUCUCGGCCGAGCUGGAGGCGGACGAGGAGGAGGAGGCGGCGCUGCGGCGGCUGCUGCUGCAGGUGACCCCGGACCGUGAGGAGGCUCCGCGGGCCGGCCCCGCCCGCGCGGUCACCCCGCAGCCCGGGCUGUGCGUGAAGACCCGCGCGGGGGGCGACAAAGUCUUCGUCAACGUUUGCCACUCGCCCGAGGUGCCGCCGCCGCCCCCUUUGUCCCCCCCGGGCCUCCAGAGGCUCCUGCGGGAGCCCCCCGGCCCCGACGGCGGCUUCCGGAUUCCGAUGAGCCUCGGCGAGCCCCACGCCGAGCUCGACCGAGCGGGCCGGGGCUGCACUGCCUACGACGUGGUGGUGAACUCGGGCUUCUUCAGGACGCUGCAGGCCGAUCCUUUGUACCUGGAGUUUUUCCUCACCGUGGCCAUGGAGGGGCUGUCGGAGAAGUACGGGGUGGAACUGGAGCUGACUGACUGGCGGGUGCUGAAGAAUCGGAAAUUCCUCGGCUCCAUCUCAGCCCAAAACAUCCGGGCCCGGCCCCGGCCCCACAUCCAGGAGCUCCCAGGACCCUCCCCAGAGGGGGCGGGGUCUCUCUGGCUGGGGCUGAGCGAGGAGCGGCUGCUGCUGGUCCGCCCGCCACCAGGGGGCGCCGCCGCGGAGAGCGGGGCGGCUCCUCCCGCCCGCCAGGGGGCGCUGCUGGAGCUGGGGCUGCCCCUGCCCGCCGACCCCGCGCGGUGCCGCGCGCGCUUCCACCGCCGGUCCAAGGUUCUCACCGUGACGAUGCCGCUGCGGGCGUGAGGGACGAGGGGACCCCCACCCACCACGGGACCCCCCCGAGGGCUCCCAGGAUUGCUCUGGGCCUUCCCCGGGAUCGUCCCGGGCUCUCCCGAGUACCCGAGGCUGGGGUUGUCCUGGACUUCCCCCUCAGGGACCCCCUUUCAGGACCCUCUGA